CUUCGUUCGGCCAGCCACUUCUGCAGCCACUUUUCCCAGAACAUCGGGCGAGGUCCGCCGUCUGGCUGGCGGGAGCCCCUGGGCGUGCCGCCCCGCGCUCGCCAGGGCGGGGGGGGGCCCGGCAUGCCGCUGCCGGGGUGGCCCGGCUGCUGCAGCUGCGGCCACGACGAGCACGAGGUCGACGCUGGCAUCGGCUGGGGCCUGCAGGAUGAGUACUCGCUGGACCUGGUCCCCGACGAGGUGCUGUACAGCUGCCACUCUCCUGGGUCCUCGUCGAAGCCCUCCGCGGUUGCCGCGCUGCCGCUGGCGCGGUUGAAGGAGGAGUUCGACGCCCGAGCAGGCCCCGACGGCAGGGUCGGCUCAAAGGAGCUCGCGGAGAUUUGGCAGGCGUGCGCCGUCGACAGGCGCCAGGAGCUGGGCCAGGCCGAGAGAGCGGUGAUUGCGAUCGCCGCCGAGCAUUACAUGAGGCACAUGAAACUGUCCAGAGACCUGCGGGUGGGGCACUGCGUCCUCGUGGCCUUCAUGCUCGGCGCGCUCACCGCGCCCGCCCAUCCCGGCGUGCCGUCGCUGCGGGAGGUCAUCAAGAAGGUGGCGAAGCGCGACCCCGAGGAGACGCUCACUCGCAUAGUGUCCGAGUUUCUGGCAGUGGACAGGGCCUCCACGGGGGUGGUGAAGCUGUCGGACGUGGCCCGCAGCGUGCCCGACUUCGACUGCGCCGGCCUCGGCGGCGACAUCACCCUGUGGGACUACGUGGUGCACUCCCUGCGGAGGUGGACGGCGUCGGUGGAGCUGAUCGUGUACGACCUGUCCAAGGGCGUCGCCUCCGUGCUGGGCCGCACGGGGGCCUGCCGGGGCCCUCGGAGGCUCGAGGCCCUCUUCCACACCAGCAUCCUCGUGCACGGCGCGGAGUACUGGUACGGCGAGUCCAUCCGCCGGGCCGACGACCCGCCCGUGUCGGGGGCGUUCGGCCCGCCCCUGGACAGGUUCGGGAGGGCGCUGCUGCAGCCGUCGGCGUACGUCCCCGGCCUGCGGGUGGUGCGGCUCGGUCGGACCUUCUCGAGCAAGACGGAGGUCGCUUACAUGGCGUCCUCCAUGGCUGGGCGGAGGUUCGCGAAAGGCAAGUACAACGCUUUCUCGAACAACUGCAACAGUUUCACGCACGAGCUGAGCCUUCUGCUGACCCGCAGGGGCAUCCCGCGGGACGUGCGGAUGCAGUCCGAGCUCCUCAUGAGUUCGCCGACCGUCCGCAUGGCGCUGCCCGCCAUCAAGCUGCUGCUCGGCGAGCAGGGAAGCCAGAUGGACAUAGUCCAGGAGCCGCUCAAGCCCGCCGCGGAGGAGACCUCGAGGAAGUCCGAGGAAGAGGUCCUGGGCCUGCGGGGCCUGCUGUGCGGCUUCUGGAGCAAAGAUGCCGGCAUGUCCAGAUACGGCGUCGUCGCGUCGGCUUGGGAGACGAGCUUCGACAUCAGGGAGGACCUCGUGCGCUUCGUGCAGGGGGCCCAGGAGCGCCUCGAGGGGGUGCUGGGCCGCCUGCAGCCGCUGCUGCGCCAGCUCGCGGGCCACACGGCGCCGGAGAAGAAGCACGGCUGGGCAGCGGAGAACAAGGACGAAGCGCCAUUGCACGAGAAGUACAAGGAGGCGUUCCGCGACCCCGCGGCGGGCGCGGCUCGGGACGGCGAGAAGCACGGCACCGCGGGGGAGGCGAAGGCGGAGCCGCUGCUCAAGCCCAUGGUCGUGAAGUACCAGGGCAAGGGCGACAACCCGCCGCCGUCCGACAACCUCUACGUGAAGGGACUGCCUGGCUGGGUCACGGAGGAGGAGCUGCGUGAGAUCUUCCAGGACGGAGAGGUCCAGAGCAUGAAGAUCAAGGCCGCAGAGUGGGGCGCCAUAGCCUUCAUCCGGCUGCUGAACAAGAGCGCGGCAACCAGGGCCAUCCACAAGCUCAACAACACCGUGCCCGAGGUGCUCCGCAAGAAGGCGGAGGAGUGGGAGAAGACCAGGCGGGCCCAGCGCCGCCACGAGUGCCCGAGGGAAGGCGGGAGGUCGAGCUGGCCCAGUCCGCGUUCAAGGCUGCAGUGGACCAGCUGGAGAAGGGCGUCAUGGUCGUGCUGGACCUGGCCUUCCAGCUCGGCCUGGAGUUCGAGGCGCACAGCCUGGUGGUCAAGUCCGUGCAGCCCGGCUCCCAGGCGGCGGAGAAGGGCAUCUCCCGAGGCUGGCGCGCCAGGUCCCUCGGCGGGGUGCCCCUGA